UCAGUGAGAAAGUUAACUCCUGAACUUCGUAGUCAGAAAAAUUCAGAUUUAUAAAAUAGCAGGGAAAACACCAUUGAGUUGACAUGGCAUUUCGCCGAAGAAACAAGAGUUACCCUUUCUUCAGCCAGGAAUUCUUAAUUCAGAACCAUGCCGACAUCGUCUUCAGUCUGGUGAUUUUCAUUUUGAUUGGAUUGAUGUUUGAGGCAACAGCCAAGACGGCCAUACUCUUCAUUCAGCCUCAGUACAACGUCACCACACUGUCACCAGAGGGAGAGGUGACGCUGUACCAUUACGGUUGGAAGGAUGGUGCCACCAUCCUCUUCUACUUCUUCAUCGCCAUCAUCCUCCAUGCAGUGGUGCAGGAGUAUCUUCUGGAUAAAGUGAACCGGCGCCUCCACCUCUCCAAGAGCAAGAACACAAAGUUCAAUGAGUCGGGUCAGCUGUGUGUGUUUCACCUGGUGUCAAGUGUGUGGACUUUUUACAUCCUCAUUACAGAAGGAUAUCUCCUGCAUCCCAGCAGCCUUUGGGAAAACUAUCCCCAUCUUCACCUCAGGUUUCAGGUGAAGUUUUUCUACCUCACUCAGCUGGCUUACUGGCUCCAUUCCCUGCCAGAGCUCUACUUCCAGAAAGUACGCAAGGAGGAGAUUUCCCGGCAGCUGCAGUACAUCUGCCUCUAUCUGCUGCACAUCUCUGCAGCCUAUCUGUUAAAUAUGAGUCGUGUGGGUCUGGUGCUCCUCUUUCUUCAGUAUGUGUCAGAAUUGGGCUUCCACAUUGCCAGACUCUUUUACUUCACUGAUGAGAACCAUCAGAAAAUGUUUGACCUGUGGGCGGUCAGCUUCGUGUUUACACGGAUGGCCACUUUGACCCUGAUGUUCCUGGCCGUUGGGUUUGGUUUGGCUCGAGCUGAGAACCAGGGGCUGGACUGGGAGACGGGCAACUUCAACAGUGUGCUGAUAAGGAUGACCGUUCUACUGCUGGUAUGUUUGACUCAAUCCUGGCUCCUCUGGAAGUUUAUCCGCUUCCAGCUGAGACGCUGGAGGGAGUUCAGACACGAGCAGGCUCUUCGCAAGAAGACUGCCACAAAACAAGCCCUCCGGCCGCUGAAGAGAGACUCGCUUGGUCAUCAUGAAAACGGAGUUCUUAAAGCUGAGAAUGGAGCCUCUCCUCGGACCAAAAAGCUCAAAUCCCCUUAAGAUAUCACAGUGACUGGCCUGAACAGAAGCCUUGGCCCCCGGCUGAGGUUUCUCAGCACGAGGAAGCUUGCGGACGCUGUCCACCGAGCUUCUCGUCGAGUGUGUCCUGAGAUGUUACCAGGACUCAGUCGCUACAGACUUUGGCUUGAAUGCUGGAAAAACGAAAAAAUCCACAGGAAUCACUCGAGCCCUAAAGACAUUUACUCUUCUCAUCAUAUCAGUAUUUUUUUUUUUUUUUUUUUUUUACAUACAGCCACACAGUUUUGCGAUCCCACCCUAAGGAGCACCAUUAUACGCAGAAUGAUUCAAUUGUAAAGUGAACACCGUGUGCGGCGCACGUUGCUGUGCGUCAGUGUUGAAUGUGUUGAUCCUCAUUCAGAAGUACUGUAUCGGUCGUAGUGUUGCCUGAUGUUGCAGCUGUUUUUCAGCUCUCGCCAUUGAGCCAGCUUUGCUUGUUUUCUAGUUUUGUCUAUUGGAGCAGAAACAUGUUACUGAUGAUGUCAUUGUAAGAUGUAAUGAUAAGAUGUGAGCUCAGUGUGUCACGACCUUAACAGAAACUCUGCCCUGUCAGGGCAGGAAUCAUAGAGUGGUGACCUGGGCUCCUCAUAAUGAUGUAUCUGUUUAAAAAAUCCUAUAUUUGUCACUGGUCACUUAACAUAAUCAUCGAGCAUGUAUGAUGGACAUUACAGCAUGUCAUUCCAUGUGUUUUUCUUUUCUUUUGUUCUUUACUUUAUUAAAUAAUUCAUUUUUUCUGAAAUAUGUUUUUAACUCUUA